CUGGGUUGGACAAGUUGAUCGUAGGAACUUCCCGUGUUCAACAAGUCUCCAAUGUCUGCUUGAGUCUUACGCAUCCCUCUGCAAGCAUUCCGAACAAUAUGAUCUGAAAAGAAGCGUUUUGCUCCAAAUGCUCAUCUCCUAUUCGCGCCCGGGGGUCGCGGCGGUCUUCACAGCGUCAGGUCUGCCCGAGAACGCGGACGGUCGCCUCCCGUUGCGGCGCCAGUCGACGUGGACAGCCAAUGGCGACGCGACGGACGCGGCGACGUGCUCCGGAUAGCGCGGCCGCUGUCCGGCGCGCAGGCCGCCCCCAGUGCUGCCGUCGGAGGUGACGCCGCCAUUGGCGAUCGGCACCUGCGCGCGCGCGCCACGCCACGCCGCCGCCGGCUGUCGGGCCGCCCGGGGGCCGCCAGCCGGCCGCCAUGGACGUGCGGUCCGAUAGCUCGAUCCGCCGCCUGCUCGUCGCCGUCGUCUGCUGCGUCUUCUGCUACGUCAUCUUUUAUAAUUCACUGUUCCUGGACCGUCGACGCGUGAAGCUGCCGAUGCUCGAGCGGCUGGUGUACCGACCGGGUAACGGGUCAAGCUCGACGCAGACGGCUGAGCACCCGGGCAGUCCGGCCCAGCCCAUCUCGACGGCGCUGGCCUGGCCGCCCUCGACCCAGGCCCGGCCGGCGCCGUCCCAGAUCCCGGCGGCAGCCGCGGCCGGCCGGGCGUCCGAGUCGCCGGCCAAGCCCACGCCCGCUGCCAAGUCGAAGUCGACGGCCAAGCAGACGCCGAAACCUACGCCAAAGUCGACGACCAAGCGGACGCCAAUGCUGAAGCCGAAGCCGACGCCGACGCCGCGGCCGGGUACGGUGAUCGAGGACAUGUUCGAGGGUGGCUUCCGGAUCGCGAACGGCGGCCGCUGCCCGGAGAGCGGCCAGCGGCUGCGGCUAGUCAUCCUCAUCACAUCGGCGCCCGGCCACGAGCGCCAGCGCAAGGCCAUCCGCCUGACGUGGGGCACGGUGGCGCUGCGCCGGGACGUGGCGCUCGUGUUCUUUGUCGGUCGGACUAGUGAGCAGCUACAGGCGGUGGUCGACGCCGAGCAGACCUUGUUCGGUGAUAUGGUGCAGGGCGAGUUCGUCGACGCGUACCGCAACUUGACGCUUAAGUCUGUGUCGAUGCUGGAGUGGUUGGACACGUACUGCGGCAGUGCGCAUAUGGUCCUGAAGACGGACGACGACAUGUUCAUCAACACAGAGAACGUGCUAACGUUUGCCAACGCGCACUGGAAGGACAGGAACACGCUGUUCGGCAAGCUGGCACGCCGCUGGAAGCCGAUCCGCAACGCCAAGUCCAAAUACUACCUCAGUCCGCAGGCGUUCCCGGGCAAAUAUUUGCCCGACUUCAUGACCGGACCGGCCUACAUGCUGACCGGCGAUUUGGUCAGUAGCCUGCACAAGGCGGCGCUGAGCGCCGUGUUCCUGCCGCUCGAGGAUGUGCUGGUGACGGGCGUAGUCGGCGAGCAGCUCAAGGUGCGACGCGUGCACGCCAAAGAGUUCAUCAACGACCGCAUCAAGAUCGACACGUGCAAGUUCCAGACGGCCGUCAGCGUGCACAUGGUGCGCUUCGAGGAGCAGUUCGACAUCUGGAAGCGCAUCUCGGACGGCAGGUCGCACUGCGCGAGCGGGUACCGGCCCACGGGCGGCUGAGACCCGGCCAGCCAGCCGGCGGGCGGCGAGCCGACGGCCGGCGUCGACCCGGAGACGCGGCGAUCGAUGGAGCGCUUGCCCACGGCCGGUGGCGGCGGCGGCGCGUAUUGAGCCGCGCCCAUCGCCGCUCAUUGAAAUCGAUCGGCCGUCCAGUCGGAUGAGGCCGGUGCCGACGGCCGCACUCACAGCCGGGACGGCCGCGCCGCUCCCCUGGCGGCCGGCAGCGCCGAUUGUGAUUGUGGUAGCGCGGACCCAGGUCUCUAGUCACAGUGGUCGUGUCUGCGUGACGGCGGUCACCAAUUGUACGGUGCCUUGAACAGUAUCGAACCGGUCCUAGACGUGCGUGAAAUAGCAGUGCCUUGCGUGUUUU